AUGGCGGAAACUUCAAGGCAGACGUACUUCCUUGUUGUUCUGUCAUGCAUUUUAUUUGUGUCUGUAAAUGGUGAAUGUCCUGCGGAUAAGUUUGGUGAUGAGUGUCAGUUUGAGUGUCACUGUUCUAAUGGUGUCUGUGAGCAGAAGUCUGGCCAUUGCCCCAAGGGUUGUGCUCUAGGCUGGUCAGGACCAUCCUGUCAGAAACAAAAUAUAGCUCUGAAAAGGAGGGCAACACAGAGUUCAACCUUCUGUGAGCCUACAGGAAGAUGUUUUAAUGCGUCCUACUCAGUAGAUGGGUCCAGAGACCAGUGGCUGUACGCAGGGAGUGGUUGCUCACAUACACAGUCCUCCAGUUAUAAUGAAUGGAGGGUGAGCUGGUCCGAGGAGCACUACAUCACUAACCUAGUUAUCUACAACAGGAAAGACUGCUGCCAAGAAGAUCUGAACGGUUUUCGUGUAUACGUUCAGCAGCGCAACGGGACGAGGGUACUUUGUUAUAAUGACCCAACUAGCCAGCCAAUCAGGGAUGUAAUUCAUGUGCGCUGCGAUGCUCCUGUGCUGGGAACGUCUGUAACAAUAACGCUGAGUGGAGGUGAUGAUGUGAACCUAACCUUGUGUGAGGUUGAGGUUUAUGUGUGUGCUGCUGGUUGGUAUGGUGACCAUUGUGAGAACCAGUGCACAGGGCCUCAGUGCCAACAGUGUGACCCAACAGGCACAUAUUGUCAAGAUUGUGCUGUGGGUCGGUUUGGGAAAGAUUGUUUGGGGCUGUGUCAUUGUUAUGAUGGGGUGGCGUGUCAGCGUGAGGGCUCCUGUCCUGGCAAGGGAAAGAAGCUUUGUGCCCGUGGCUGGACGGGCAGCUCCUGUAGUACAGGCAAGUCACUAACCCAUCAUUUGCAAAAUAAUCCCUACUUAAUUUUCUUAACCUUUUGA